AUGUUGGCUCCCCAAAGUCAUUCUGGCUUUUAUAAAACCACGGAUAUAUUUACCUAUAAUUUAGAUGAUAUUUUCGAAAAUGGAUCGAUAUGGAGAUUAGCAUUUUGCCAACUACCUUUCCUUAGUACAAAAGAUCUGGUAUGCGGUGGAUUACUGUUGUACUAUUUUCGAAUAUUUGAACGACGCUAUGGAUCAAGAAAAUUUCUGUCAUUCCUAUUUUAUUGUGCUGCAACAACAACAUUCGUCGAACUGUUGAUGGCUUUUAUUUUGAGAAAAUUAAACUUUUCACUUCAUAUACUCCCUUCUGGACCAUUUAAUUUGAUUUUCCCACUUUUUGUGCCCUAUUUUCUGGACAUUCCAUGGGUCCCCGUUGCACAUGUGAUGAGGAUCCCAAUAACUGGAAAAUCAUUUCCAUACAUAUUUGGAUUUGAAAUUGCUAUGACAUCUCCGGAAUCUUUAUUUGUCUGUAUAUGCGGUUUGAUCACUGGUUUUACCUACUAUAAAAAUUUUUUAAACGUUCAAUCAAGACUACUAUUUCCUAAACGAGUUAUUCAAUUUGGCUCAAAAGUGAUUGGUCCCGUGUUAGAAACUCCAGCACCGAAAUAUAUAAAUAAACCAUUAGGUGCAACACUAGAAGUACAACGUCAAGUUGAAUUGGAUCGGAGGGAAAUAAGUUUAAUUGAAGCAACUAGACGUAUGCGUAGUAGAGAUUUGCCAUUCAAUAUGAGUCGUGUAUUGGUCGGUAAUCAAUAGUGAUAUUAUUUAUUUAUGAACAGAAAUAACUUUUAAAACUGUGAUGUUUCAUUGUAUUUUGAUUGCUUCCGCAACCAAUGGUUGUUCUAUUUUUCAAUGACAAUAUUGUAUUAAAUGUCAAACACAAUUUGGAAAUGUCUAUUUUUACUAAUAAAUUAUAAACUCAACAAAUACACACAUGUAUCACAUCAUUUUACCAAUAACUCAUGUAUGC